UGAUGUUUCAGCGGUGUAAAUAAACAUGCCUCCUGGAGCGAUGUCAUUUAAUAUUUUUUCCUUUUAUUUAUGAAAUGUAAAUAUGUGUUGACAUUUCAUUCAGAUUAUGCUUAUGUACCAAAAAAUUUUCUGAAAUCGAAUUAUUACUAUUUUGGAAUUCAAUUUCAGUUUAGGUUCAAUUCAUCAAUAUUUUGUUGAGAAUGAAGCACGAUACUCAGUUUUAAAUUUUGUUUAUUGAACCAUUCUAUUUAUUUUACAAAUUUUGUAAUCAUCAUGAGUUACCGUAGUCACAUCUAUCCUAUCUGUAAAAUUACUCCAGUAUUUGAUUCUAUUGUGUUGGAGGAAUACGUCUUGACUGUCGAUUUUUACUUACCACUUGAUCUUAUUAACAGUUUAGAACAACCAGAUUAUUUUACUGAUGAUUUUGACACUCAUCACUUCUCUGACGAUGCAUCAAAUGGUCAUGUCACUGAAUAUUUUCCGAGUCUAACUGUUUGUCCUUGUAUCAUAAAUGCAGUCAAUGAUAAUUACUCUAGAAAGUUGAAUAUUAAAUUGGAUGCACUUUUAUUUUCGAUCAUCACGUGGGAAUUGAGAAACUCAAAAGUAUUUCGUUCAAAUGUUCUUUCAAACUUCUAUUCUUUUUCGAGGAAAAGAUUUGCUGGUCAGAAAAUAACAUGCACAUUAUGCCAAAGAUUGUUAUGGAUAUUGUGUGUUACUGUAUAUUUGAAAUUACCCAACAAAAACAUUAUUGAUCAUAAAUGGAACAAAAGAUUAGAAAUUCUAGUGCAUGAAAAAUGUGAGCUAGAAAAUGCCAUGGCAUGGUUGUCUACAUUGGGUGGAGCCUUUUCAGCAUUAGGUGACUAUUUUGAAGAUUGUGCAGAAAAGGCUGGUUUAAUAUCUGUGCAGCAAUUUCGUUUAGCUUUAAGACUUGGGGAUCCACUCACAAUUUGCCGAUGUAAAAUAUACUUAUCUAUGAGUCUUCUUCAAAGAGGAUACUAUCGCAAAACAAAAAAGAUGAUCAGGGAAUUGUACAAAUUUUCAAUAGGUCCAGAAGGCUCAAAAGAUUUCAGACUAAAAAAUAUGUGUAUAGCAGUAUGGAACAAACUAAAAUAUGAACUGUCUCAAAAAGCAAUACCAACUGGAUCUCAUUCAGGUUGUAAAAAGGAAAUUACUCAGUGAUUAUAUAAAUUGGAUUGAUAAAUGUAACAGAAUAAAAUAUUUUUUCAUAAAUUAUUUACCGUAACUAUAUUCUGUGAUUUGGUGUUUUAAU